AUGUGCGAGUUCACAUAUACUCAUCUCGAGUGCGGCCACAGAAAACAAGACCACAUCGACACUAGCCUAUGCGCAUACUUCGAACGGACCAGCGUUCACUGUCAGCCAGACAACCGACAGCACAGAGAACGAGGAACUACGGUCGUCACUCGAAAAAGAAAAGGAAGGUGUUUUGACUGUCUCCAGGAGGCAGAGAAUGCCGACCUAGCAGCCGCGAUAAAGGAGUCACUAGAAGCCUCCGAAAAAGCCAAGAGGGCCCGGGAAGCGGCCGAAAGAGUGCAAAAGGAAGAAGAGCAGCGCAUGGAGUGGGAAAGGAAGGCUUGGAAGCAGCAUGAAGAUGCAAAGCUGGCAGAGCGCAGAAGGCGCGAAGAUGCGGAAAUAAUCAAGAACAACGCAGCCGCCGCCGCCGAGCGACGGGCCAAAGAGGCUGCUGAGCUACAAGCGCAGAUGCAGAAGGAGCAGCAAGAAUUGUUCGACCGCAUCGCCAGAGAAGAGGCCGAAGAAGCUGCUGAGCUCGAAUUCAAGAAAGAUGCUGAGCAUAAGGAGCGUUUGAGGUUUCAAAAAGCAGAGCAUGAACGCAAGUUGGCUGAGAAGGCAAAGGAAGCCAAACGUUUACGUGAAGCGGCAAGAAAGGCCCAGGAGGUAGCCGACGAGCAAAAUAGACAUAACAGAGAAGCGGAUCUCGGACGACAGUACGAGGCAGAUGAAGAUAGGGUCGAACGGGAGAAAGAAGAACUGGAGCGUAAGCUCGCUCGAGAGAGGGCCGCCGAAGCAGCGGAGACAGUCUCCCCACCACCCACGCAUACCACGACUUUUACGUCCAAAACCGCCGUAGACUAUAGCACGCUGGUCGGUCACCAUGGACACCAAGAGAUCGGGCACGGCAUGCUCGGGAACCGACGUAUACCUCUACACGAAUCUCAAAAACGGGCUGAACCAACAAGACCCCCAACGACCCCGAGUUUCAAAACCGCUCCCACACCGAUGGCCAGUCUCGCCAGACCUGUGCAGUCGAGUCCAACGGAUUAUAGGAUUCCACAGCCCAGCUUCACCGCUACUUCCGGUACAACAACGCCAGACUGGAAAAAGAACAUCCGCCCAAGAUCUGGUUCAAGUAUCAUCCCCACAGCAGAGCCAUCAGGUCCCACUUCUGAGCUUGAGUCGCGACUGGCGAAACGACGAGAAUGGGAAGCCGAGCAGGAGAAACUUGAAGCAGAGAAGACAAAUCAGGAGAGGGGCGAGCCAUCCUUGGUGAUAGUCGACAAGGUACGUGGUCCUGCUACCGAGCCUUCGAAGCCUACUUCUCUCGCGUCACACACACCGGCAAUAUCCACCUCACCUCCGCCGACGUACCCUGUAGUGCCUGCUCUCGCACAACCGGAGCUGAACUCUGCAUCGCCUUCUCGAAUGACCACAGUACCCAAACCUUAUAAACCAGUGAAACGUAUACCAAGCGCCUCCAGCCCGCCUGCCACAUCUUCCAUACCCACUCCUCCCCCAAUGCCCUCACUACCGACACGAGCUCGCGUCGACUCUGCAGCGUCGUCACCCCGGGCGGGAAAUAAUAGUAAUGACGAGGAUAGUGCAUGGGACGAGCCUGAUAGUCAUCCAAUACGGAAACAAUUCUCGCCGGAUGAUGUUUUCGGAGAACAGAGGAGGAAGGGAUGGAGAGUAGAGUGA